AUGGCUUUACUAGUGGACAAGUUACGUCCACGCUCACUCGAUGCGCUCUCAUAUCACCAUGAGCUCUCCGAACGACUUCGGUCAUUGGCACAAAGCGGAGACUUUCCUCAUUUGCUCAUGUACGGACCCUCUGGCGCAGGCAAGAAGACGCGCACAGUUGCGACUCUAAAGGAGCUGUACGGGCCCGGAGUCGAGAAGAUCAAGAUCGAUGCGAGAGUCUUCCAGACAACGAGUAACCGAAAGCUUGAGUUCAAUAUUGUGUCCUCUGUCUAUCAUCUCGAAAUUACGCCCUCUGAUGUCGGAAACUAUGAUCGCGUUGUUGUUCAGGAGCUUCUGAAGGAAAUUGCACAGACCCAGCAGGUUGAUCUUGCGGCGAAGCAGCGGUUCAAGGUGGUCGUGAUCAACGAGGCCGACCAUCUCACUCGUGAUGCCCAGGCCGCGCUGAGACGCACCAUGGAGAAAUACAGUCCUAACCUCCGAUUGAUCCUCCUGGCCAAUAGCACCUCCAACAUCAUCGCCCCUAUCCGCUCCCGAACCCUGCUGGUCAGGGUUGCCGCACCUACAGAGGAUGAGAUCUGCACUGUCCUCAGCACCGCAGGCCAAAGAGAAGGGUGGACUGUAGCACCGGGGCUGAACAAGAGGAUUGCCCAGGAGAGUGGCCGAAACCUCCGGCGUGCACUGCUUAUGUUCGAAGCGAUUUACGCGCAGAAUGAGAAAGUGACCGAUAACACACCAAUCCCACCGCCCGACUGGGAGGUUGUUAUCCAAAUGAUGGCCCAUGAAAUUCUAGCAGAACGGUCUCCAGCCAGACUGCUACAGUGCCGCGCGCGGCUAUAUGACCUCCUGACGCACUGUAUACCGCCUACUACGAUUCUCAAGACCUUGACAUUCAAGCUCAUUCAGCGCGUCGACGACAACUUGAAGCCCGAAGUGAUUAGAUGGUCUGCAUUCUAUGAACACCGGGUCAAGCAAGGCAGCAAAGUCAUUUUCCAUCUGGAGGCGUUUGUGGCCAAGUUCAUGCGCAUUUACGAAAGUUACUUGAUGGGCAUGGACUUCUAG